UUUCCAGGGAAAAUUUCCAGGCUGCUGUUUGUGAUGGACAAUAUGGAUAAAGAGGUAUACUCCAUUCGAAAUUUGCCAUCAAUCAGAUACAGAGAGCAGAGUGAGGAAGAUGGAUUUGAAGAUAUGACCCACCUGGAGGAACUCAAUGAAAUUUCCGUUCUUUCCAACUUAAAGAAGAGGUUCAAUAGAGAACUCAUUUAUACUUACAUUGGCAGCAUUCUUGUCUCUGUAAACCCUUACAAGAUGUACAAUAUCUAUGGUACAGAUGUUGUUCUUCAGUAUGAAGGGAGAGCACUGGGGGAGAAUCCUCCCCAUCUAUUUGCAAUUGCAAAUGUGUCUUACACCAAAAUGAUGGAUGCCAAACAGAACCAGUGCAUUAUUAUCAGUGGUGAAAGUGGAUCUGGAAAGACGGAGGCUACCAAGCUUAUUCUGAGGUACCUGGCUGCAAUUCAUCACAAGCGAAACACUACUCAGCAGAUCCUGGAAGCAACCCCCUUGCUGGAAUCCUUUGGAAAUGCCAAAACUGUUCGCAAUGAUAAUUCAAGCAGGUUUGGGAAAUAUGUGGAGAUUUUUCUGGAGGAGGGUGUGAUCAGUGGUGCCAUAACCUCACAAUACCUUCUUGAAAAAUCUAGGAUAGUUUUUCAGGCCAAAAAUGAAAGAAAUUACCAUAUUUUCUAUGAGAUGCUUGCGGGCCUUCCUUCACAACAAAAGCAGAAACUGUACCUUCAGGAACCAGACACAUACUAUUACCUCAAUCAAGGAGGUAACUGUGAGAUUCCUGGGAAGAGUGAUGCUGAAGAUUUCAGAAGGCUCCUCAGUGCCAUGGAGAUUCUUAGCUUCAGUGCUGAGGACAAGAACAGUAUAUUCAAAGUCUUGUCUUCCAUACUCCAUCUUGGGAAUAUAUAUUUUGAAAAAUAUGAGAGUGAUUCCCAGGAAGCAGCAUCUGUUGUGAGUGCCCAAGAGAUCCGCGUUGUAGCUGAACUUCUUCAAAUCUCUCCAGAAGGAUUGCAGAAAUCAAUUACCUAUAAAGUGACUGAGACAAUGAGAGAGAAAAUCUUCACUCCCUUGACUGUGGAAAGUGCUGUUGAUGCCAGAGAUGCUGUUGCCAAGAUCCUGUACUCCCUUCUGUUCAGCUGGCUCACAGACAGGAUCAAUAAACUUGUGUAUCCCAAGAAUGAAGCCUUAUCAAUAGCUAUUCUUGACAUCUAUGGAUUUGAGGAUCUCAGCUUGAACAGUUUUGAGCAGCUAUGCAUUAAUUAUGCAAAUGAGUACUUGCAGUUCUUUUUCAAUAAGAUUAUUUUCCAGGAAGAACAGGAUGAAUACACAAGAGAACAGAUUCAGUGGAAAGAAAUCAACUUCAGUGACAACCAGCCCUGCAUUGACCUCAUUGCCCAAAAGCCUUAUGGAAUUCUUAGAAUUCUGGAUGACCAGAGCUGCUUCCCGCAGGCAACAGAUCACAGUUACCUUCAGAAGUGUCACUAUCAUCAUGGUAGCAACCCUUUGUACUCCAAGCCAAAAAUGCCACUGCCUGAAUUCACUAUCAGACACUAUGCUGGUAAAGUUGCCUACCAGGUCCACAAGUUUCUAGAUAAAAAUCAUGACCAAGUUCGUCAAGAUGUCUUGGAUCUUUUUGUCAAUAGUAAAAUAAAGAUGGUGGCAAAUCUGUUCUCUGGACAUGCUCAGGUCCUCACACAGUCCAGUCUACGUAAAAAUAGUACAGUAACACGAAGGUACCAGGCCCCAACUGUAGCAGCCAAGUUUCAACAGUCACUUAUGGAGUUGGUGGAUAAAAUGGAAAGGUGCAAUCCCUUCUUUGUUCGUUGCAUCAAGCCAAAUAACAAACAGGAGUCCAGUCUUUUUGAUGUGGAGGUUGUCCAAGUCCAGCUGCGCUAUUCUGGCAUCAUGGAGACAAUUCGCAUUAGAAAAGAAGGGUUUCCUGCCCGAAUAUCAUUUAAUACAUUCUUGAACAGGUACAAAUGUUUACUGGGUCUGAAACACCAUAUUACACCAGAUGGAGAGAACUGUGUAGCAGUCCUCAAAAAGCUGUGUCCGGCCAAUAAAGGGAUGUUCCAAGUUGGUGUCAGCAAGCUAUUCAUGAAGGAGGAUCUCUAUCAGCUCCUUGAAAGUAAGCGGGAUCGAAUACUCCAUAUGGCUGCUCUUACUCUGCAGCGAUACACCCGUAUGUGGUUUGUUCGCCGACGGUACACCUCUUUGCGCAGGAAGAUUGUCAAGCUUCAGGCCCAUUCUAGGGGAUAUCUAACCAGAAAGCAUUUUGUGAAAAUGAGGGAAAGUCUCAUCAAAUUCCGCUCCUUGAUCCACAUGUAUGUCAAUCGCAAGAGAUACAUCAAGAUGAAGGAAGAAAUUCGUCGGAGAGCAGAAGAACAACAGAAGCAAAUUGAGAUGGAACUUACGAAGAGAGAAGUUGUCAAUGUUACCCAUCUAGCCAUUCCAGCUGAACUUGGAGGUUUACUACAUGAAGCAGGAGCUGUUAAAGAAGUUCAUUCAGAUUGUCUGGCCCUGGUACAGUCUCCUAAAGUGCAGCUUGAAGCACAGCUCACACUGCCACUUGAUAUCAACAACUUCCUCAUCUCCAGAUUCAUACGAUCACAUUGUCAGGAACCUUAUUUUGGUAUGCUUACUGUCCCCCUGGAGUCACCUUUGACCUUAGUAGAAGAUGAACUUAAGCAAGAAGCUUUGAAUAUCUUUGUAAUGGUCAUGCGGUUCAUGGGAGAUCCCCAUCUCAAUGGAGCACAGGAGAACUUGUUUGGGAAUUAUAUUAUCCAGAAGGGACUCUUUGCUGCCGGCCUGAGGGAUGAGAUACUUUCCCAAAUUUCUAACCAAGUGUGGAGGAACCCAAAUGAAAAUAAUGCAGAAAGGGGGUGGCUGCUGCUGGCUGCCUGUCUGAGCUCAUUUGCACCAUCAACCAAGUUGGACAAAUACCUGCUAAAGUUCGUCUCAGACCAUGGCUAUAAUGGGUAUAAAUCAGUGUGCCAACACAAGCUAAUCCAGGCAAUGCAGAAGUCCCAGUAUGGCCCAGAGACAGCGAGAACAUACCCACUGUGCCUGCUAGAGUGGAUGGCUAUAAGAAAGAAAGCCAUCAUGGUGCUACAGGUUCAUUGCUUUGAUGGUGAAAGUUUCUUGAGUCCAGUUCAUUCUUGGAGCAUGGGUGAGGAGCUUGCAAGAGAUAUUCUUCGACACAGGUCAGUGUCAGAGGGCUGGAAAGGCUGGUCUGUUUCCAUGAAUGACAAUAACCAAUGGACUGAACUAGCUGGGCAUGACUACGUCAUGGAUCUGAUCUCUGACCUUGAGCUAAUGGCAGACUUUCCUAAACAAAAAUCCUAUUUCCUAAUUUCUUCAGAGGGUCAUACUCGAUCCAGGUCUAAUGCAAAUGUUGUUUUUGGAAAUGGUUUCGAAUCAGAUGAAGAACCUUCCAUCCCCCAAGCCAUUAAGUCCCCAGUCUUUACACCUUCCAGUCUCCCUGACUCAGAUGGAUAUUUCAGCCAUGUAGAUUCCGAUACCUUCAGUGAGCCUCGAUCUCAGAAGGGGUUGGACCGGUAUCUUGAUAGCUUGUUUGAUCCUGUCUUAUCUUAUGGAAAUGGAGAUCUAGAAAAGCCAUCUACUGUCUCUACCAGAAUGAAGGGAGGAGGCCAAACUGGUGACCAGCAGCAUGAUGGACAGAAGCCCAGUAUCAGCACUCCCACUUCCACAGGACAGCAUACAGCGAUUCAGGCGAUGCCAGUAGGUGGAGAGAUGAGGCCAGGAAUGACUACUGUACCAGCAAUGCCAGUGAUACCAGGCAUGGAUCAGUCCAUGUUGGCACAGCAUCAAGCAUUCAUCAACCAGCAAGCAUUUCUACUGGCUCAACAGAUGACAAUGCAAGUAAUGGCUCUUCAACAGCAGAUGUCUGGACCCACCUCUUCUGCCAGUAAUGUGCCCCCAAGCCCCAGGAUCCAGUCCAACACUGGGUAUCAAGGCACCAGCCGGAGUACCCUUUCUUACAGUGCCACCAACAUAACCCCGAUCCCAAAAGCCAUCACACCUUCUCCACACAAGUCACCCAGAAGUGCAAACCAAGUAAAACCAGCAGCAUCUCCAGUUUCAGUUCCACCAAAGCCAGCAGUGUCAAAACCUGGUUUCCAACCUCCAAGGCAGGGGCCAGUGCGUCACACUGCUGCAAACACUGCACAUAUUCUUGAACCAACUCAUAACAUCAAGGAUAUCAUCAAGCAAUACCAGCAGCCUUUACCGACAAAGAGCCUGGAUCCAGUCCGAAAAGAAGCCAGCAAAGUUUUUGUGAAAAAGAUGGAUCCUCAUGAUGAGGCAAUGAUGAUACUUAAAGGGCAGAUGUCUCCUCGACCUCCACAGAAACAUCCAAUAGCUCCUGCCCCUGUUUCUGGAGGUGCAGGACCAAAGGAAACAGUUGCAAUGGUGAAGCCUGUCAGUAGUACAAAGACAAAAAGGUCAAGCCCCCCUGUCCCAGUAGGUUCUUCCCGCAGUAAUUCAGCCAUUACAGCAGUUUCCCGUGAACUUCCUACUGAAGAUGAGAAAAUUCAGACUCAACUACACAGAAGAAGCAGUGAGGAGUAUUACACAUACACCAAUGUCUCCUGGAAAAUCUACAUCCGGAAAGAGGUUUUCUACCCCAAAGACUGCUUUAAUAAUCCCUUGGUCUUGGAUCUCAUCUUCAAACAGAUUGUCAAUGACACUUUCUCAGAUGCAUGUGUAAGGAUUACAAUGGAAGAACGGCUGAAGAUGAGAGCACUUUUAGCUGAGAACAAAGUUGAACUCAGUUCCAUUAUUAAAGAUGAAGACAUCAAGAAGAAGAUUAUUGCUUUUGCUAGAGAUGAUUGGGACAUCUACUUCUCCAGGCUCUUUCCAGCUACUGGAAGUGUGGGAACUGGCAUUCAGAUUCUGGCCACUUCACACAAUGGAGUCAAACUUUUGAAGCUAGUGAAGAGUAGUGGCACACCUACAGAGCAUUUUAAAGUCCUUCGCACAUACAGUUAUACUGACAUCAUGUUUGUAACAAUACCAUCCAAAAAUAUGCUGGAGUUCAACCUGACCAAUGAGAAGCUGAUACUUUUCUCAGCUAAAGCUCCCCAAGUCAAAAACAUGAUUGACUACUUCAUAACAGAGCUGAAGAAAGAUUCAGACUAUGUUGUUGCAGUGAGAAACUAUAUUACAGAUGAUCGGACAUGUCUCAGCUUCCACAAGGGUGAUAUAAUUCGCCUGCAGUCCAUGGAUGGUCUUGACAGUGGACAACAGUAUGGCUGCAUUGUUAGGAAAAAGGUCAUUUACUUGGAAGAAUUAAAGAGAGGCACACCUGAUUUUGGCUGGAAAUUUGGAGCAAUACAUGGCAGGUCAGGGAUUUUUCCCACAGAAUACGUUCAGCCUGUUGCAGCUCCUGAUUUCAUCAAUCUGCCUAUAGACAAGAAAGAGGAGCCCAAGAACAAACAGGGCAAGGUGGCAGCAUCAGCUGCAGUGGCAGUUGCUGUGGCAUCUACUAUGGCAGCCCACGAACUGGACAGAACAGCUGAGGUGUUGCCUCCAGUAAUUGGUUAUGGUGAUCCCACAGAAGACUAUAGCAGUAUUGACAUUGAUGAGAGAGUCUUGCAGGACAGCCAGUAUACAAUGGUUGAGUUUGCUAAGAAGUACUUCAGAGAGGCCCAAAGGAGUGCAAGUGAGUCUUACAAACAAAAGUCAAAGAAAGGGAAGGAUGCAAGAGAUCCAGCUGAAAUGGUGAAAUACAACAAGUCUCCUAUUCUGGAGUCUCUAAUCGAUUUCAGUGACAACAGCAUGAACAAAGUGGCAGCAGACAUGUUUCUGGCAAUUAUGAAGUUUAUGGGAGACUAUCCUUUAAAAGGGCAGAAUGAGCAAGAUGUGAUAUGCACCAUUUUAAAGAUAUGUGGAGAGUAUGGAGUGAUGAAAGAUGAAGCUUACUGCCAGGUUAUUAAACAGGUUACCAGCAACACAAGUACAAAACCAGACAGCUGUCCAAGGGGCUGGAGACUUCUUUACAUCUUAACUGCCUACUACAGGUGCUCAGAAGUCCUAAAGCCCUACCUUUUGCGAUUCCUUCAAGACAUGUCUCGAAGUCCGGGGCUCCACUUCCAAGGUAUUUCAAAAGCCUGUGAGCAGAACCUAAAGAAGACUUUCCAGUAUGGUGGCCGGAAGGAGUUUCCCAGUGUAAUGGAACUGAAAGCAAUGGUGGCUGGCCGGAGCUCUAAGCGACAACUGUUUCUUCUACCUGGAGGAACUGAGAGGCACCUUAAAAUUAAAACAUGUUCAAUUGCACUUGAUGUCAUUGAAGAGCUCUGCUAUGAAAUGGCACUCCACAGACCAGAGGCUAUGGAGGAAUAUGCUGUAUUUGUUGUAACUAACAGGGGCCAAAACGUCCGUCCACUGAACAAGAAGGAAUACAUUUUGGACAUUGCGACAGAAGCCGAGCACACAGACAGCAACUAUACCUUCUGGUUCAGGAGAGUCAUCUGGUGUCAGCCCUUAAAAUUUGACAACGAGCUCUGCGUAACCAUGCAUUACAAUCAGGUCCUUCCAGAUUACCUUAAGGCUCUCCUGAACUUUGUGCCCCAGGGAAAAAUGAGCGAUCAACAGCUGCAGCAAGUUUCAAAGCUGGCCGCCCUGCAGCACCGUGCCAAGGACAGCAUUUACCUGCCCACCAUCCGUGAAGUGCAGGAUUCAAUUCCGCCUCAACUCUUCGGGCAGCAGCGACCACAACAGUGGCUGAAUAUGGUGACCCAACACAUGCAGCAAGUGCAAGCCUUAAGCCCACACCAAGCUCGGGCGCAGUUCCUCGGUCUGGUGAGUGCGUUCCCAAUGUUCGGAUCUUCCUUCUUCUAUAUUCAGAGCAGUAGCAACAGUUCUGUCAUCGCCCCCUGUAUUCUGGCAGUAAACCAGAAUGGGCUGAAUUUCCUCAGCAAAGAAACACAUGAGCUGAUUGUGAACUUUCCCCUUAAAGAAGUCCAGUCCACCCGAACCCAGAGGCCCACAGCAGGAUCUAGCUUUCCAUAUGUGGAGAUAAUGCUGGGAGACUUGAUGUCGCAGCAGAUUACACAACUUCAACUUGAGCAGGGACUGGAGUUGUGCCGUGUCAUUGCUAUGCACAUGGAAAACCUUUUGUCUGCCCGUGAGAAGCGACUGACCCUUCCCCCAAGUGAAAUCACAUUGCUUUAAGCAGAGGCGCACAUCUCAGCCAUAAUCUUCUGGAUGCCUAUGAAGUAGAAGUAUCAGAGGAAAUGAUUUUCCAAGCCAAAUGCAUGAGGCCUUAUGUAAGGGCAGCAUCACAAUUUUUUGUGAUGUGCUUCAAACACACCUACAGUAGAAGGUCUUAUACCAGCCCACUGGAGCUCCAAGUCAAGUAUGUGAGGAAUUGUGUGUGAAAACAGCACAAUGUCAGCCCUGUGAAGAAAUGAGUAUGGCAGCCAGUAGGGCCAGAGCUGGGUUUUUUAUCGGCUGGGAUAAACCUUUGAGGGGGAGCCAAUAAUUCAGGUGAAUUUAUAGUUUGUAAGUACACACCUGAUAGGUACUUAUGUCUGCACUGCUCUUUAAACUGUAAUUUUACAUUGUGCUUAUUUAUUGUCUUCCCUUUGGACAGUGCAAAAAGUUCAGAGAACACUCAGGCCUAUUGGGUCAUUCGGGUCUAAUUCUUUCAAGAAGAGAUUUUAUAAACUAAACACAGUAAGAGAUAGAGAUAUUAUAUAUAGAAAAAGCCUUAGAUGACAAUGCCAAAUUUAGUACUUUAGUACUUUAUUUUUUAUGAAAAAAAGCAAAUUUUAAAGUUCAUUUAUUCCUAACAGGACAUUUCUAAUUAGUGAAUAUACUGCUUAUUUCCUUUAUAACGGAUGUGAUCAUCAUUAGUAAAGGUUUAGGUUUACUGCCAGAUACUUAGUUCAUUAUUUUUACAGACUAUGAAUGUUGUAGUGGGGAAAGGUGUGUUGUUAAAAAAAAAACGAAAAAAGUUGAAAGCAAAUUAGUAAACAUUUUAGAAUAGAUAAUUGACUUGAUGUUUUUGUACUUAUCCCCAAUAAAAACUGGAAUUAGCAAUUAACUGAAGAAAGCAAAAUGGUGGGAUGCUUUAUAAUCCAAGUUAAGAAAUCUGUUUUCAAUCAACGGAAAUGGCUGUGGUUGUAUUUAUUGGUUGAGAUUAUCGAUGCAGAUGUUCCCAUCUCGUCGAGAGACAGUCCUUGAUUGUCACUGCAGACCUUAUACACACUGGCGGGUUUUGGGAGGAAGACACAGACAGGUUAUCUCCUCUAUAACUGAUCACUACACCUCGUGUCCAGCAGGUCUACUUUAGUUAGGUCCCUUUAACUUCAUCCAAUUGGACACAUUCUCAGCAAUGUUUUAGGAGUUCCAAAAUAUGAUUUUGAAAAUGGUUUUUCUACCAAAUUUCAUACAAUGGUAUUUUUUUGAGGAUACUAGAAGAGCCUCUGACACUUAUCAAUUUCGAAGAAAAAAGUAUUUCUUUUAAGACGUUUUGGGAACUAAGUCUCCAUAAAAACAGACACCAUAUUCAGAUCUCUCCAGCAAAUGAACACAGUGAGGUACCAAAGCUUUGCACAGAUUUCACUUUAGCCCCACACACCCCCAACAUUCAGUUUUGUUGAUCAGAAAAGAAAUUUGAAAUAUCUAUUAUAUGAAAGAUAUUGGAGGCUUUGCAGCACUUGAAUUUCUGCCAUUCCAGAAAUUCUGGAUUUUUGUCCUUUAUUAGUGAGGGUUGAGCUGUGCCUGUAUAAUCCCUGUAAUUAUUAAAUUUCAGCUGUAUUAAUAAACAAAAGAGAUGUUCUUUAUAGUUAUGUACAGAAUAUUUCAGGCUAUUUAUCCAUUCCCUUAUAUUAAUUAUAUGCUUUUAUUUGCA